ACGACAACCUUAAAGCAGAAACAAAGUUUAGUUUAGUUUCUUUUUAGCUAGUAGUAUAGUAAUUAUAAUUAUAAUGCUCUAAUUAAUAUUUUCUUCUCUUCUAAUUUAAUUAAAAUAUAUGUUCAUUCGGAGUUAAUGAAUGACCUCAACUCUUUAAUCUAAUUUCCUUUUCGCUCUCUUUCUGGUAAUUUAUUCAUUUUCCUUCCUUGGAAGAUUUUCAGGGGACUUUCUUUCUUUUCUUUCUUUUUUCUAUCUUUAUUAUUAUAUAUUUGGUUCUUCUCUGUUCUUCCUUUUUCUGGUUUUAGUUUCUUGCUAUCUCUUGUUUCUGUCUGUCGAUGAUUCGGAGCUUUUAAGUUGAUAGACAAAGAUACACGAAACCAGUGACAGAGGAUCUUUUAAGUUGCUACUGUAGUAGAAUAGGUUGUCUAAGUGUAGCAGAGGAAGAGUAACUGCUGAAAAAGAUGGGGGAAACAGCCAACAAUUACCAGCAGCCACCUCCACCACAAGCAGCUGCGCCACCGCCUCCUCCACCAUCUCUUGCUCUUUCAAGGGGUCCUACUUGGACUCCAGCUGAGCAACUCUCGCAGCUCCAGUAUUGCAUCCAUUCCAACCCUUCUUGGCCCGAGACAGCUCUUCUGGCUUUUCAACACUAUAUUGUAAUGCUUGGAACUAUAGUCUUAAUUGCCAGUAAUCUUGUCCCUCGAAUGGGUGGAGACCAUGGCGAUAAAGCUCGUGUGAUUCAAACAUUGCUCUUUAUGGGGGGUGUGAAUACACUGAUCCAGACAUUCAUUGGCACAAGGCUUCCGACUGUGAUGACUGCAUCAGUUGCAUUUACCAUACCGGUGUUGUCAAUUAUCAAGGAUUUAUCUGACGAAAAUUUUGCAGAUGAGCAUGAUAGAUUUACUCACACUAUAAGAACCAUUCAGGGGUCACUGAUUGUUUCUUCCUUCGUCAACAUCAUCCUUGGGUUUAGUUUUGCAUGGGGCAAUUUGACAAGGUUAUUUACUCCCAUUGUUAUAGUACCCGUGGUUAGUUUGGUGGGUCUUGGUCUGUUUAUGAGGGGAUUCCCACUGCUUGCUAACUGUGUGGAGAUUGGCCUGCCUAUGCUGUUAAUCCUAGUCAUUUGUCAGUAUUUGAAGCAUCUCAAUCCAAGGGCCCGCCCUAUACUUGAGAGGUUUAGCUUACUUUUCUGCAUAGGAAUCAUCUGGGCUUUUGCUGCUAUUCUCACCGUUGCUGGUGCUUACAACAAUGUUCGAGAACAAACUAAAAUGAGUUGUCGCACAGAUCGAUCCUUUCUUAUACAAUCUGCUCCAUGGGUUAGAGUCCCAUACCCUUUUCAGUGGGGUGCUCCCAUAUUUAGAGCAAGCCAUGUCUUCGGGAUGAUGGGGGCAGCACUCGUUUCAUCUGCAGAGUCCACUGGAACAUAUUUUGCCGCAGCAAGGCUUGCAGGUGCUACGCACCCUCCAGCACAUAUUCUGACGAGAAGUAUUGGUCUGCAGGGCAUUGGCAUGUUGAUUGAAGGAAUCUUUGGUGCGAUUGUUGGCAACACUGCAUCUGUUGAAAAUGUUGGACUUCUUGGACUAACGCAUAUUGGGAGCCGAAGAGUAGUGCAGAUAUCAACAGCUUUCAUGAUCUUUUUCUCCAUAUUUGGGAAGUUUGGUGCCUUGUUUGCAUCUAUUCCUCUGCCAAUAUUUGCUGCCAUAUAUUGUGUUUUAUUUGGGAUUGUUGCUGCUAUUGGAAUUUCCUUCAUACAGUUCUCGAACAAUAACUCGAUGAGAAAUCACUACAUCUUGGGCUUAUCUUUGUUCCUUGGUUUAUCAAUAUCUCAAUAUUUCAUGACUAACGCCACCCCGCAAGGGAAUGGACCAGUUAAAACAGAUGGUGGAUGGUUCAAUGACAUAUUGAACACGAUUUUCUCAUCACCUCCAACUGUGGCAAUGAUCAUUGGAACGCUACUGGAUAACACAUUGGACGCAAGGCAUACCAUCAACGACAGAGGAAUCCCAUGGUGGAAACCUUUCCAGCACCGGAAAGGCGAUGUUAGAACUGAAGAGUUUUACAGUCUCCCCCUCAGGAUUAAUGAAUGGUUACCCUCUAGAUUUCUCUGAGUACACUUUUACCUACAGUUGUUGUAUAGUAGCCAUACAAUACAACGCAGCGAAUUUCAUGUUAAUAUGCAUGAUGAGGCCUGUUCUUAAUAAGUUUGUAACCGUUAGAGAUUGUUUAUCAUAGUUCAUUAUCCUCUGGUAAUUAAUUUGGAAGUUAGUUUCUUUCUAGAAAAGAAUGAAAGUAGAAAUUAGUUCUUUUUAGAGAAGUAUGAAAAGUAGAAACUUUGGAAAGGAAAAAAUUGAGAUUUCUGAAUUCUCAUUAAAAAAAUUUUGUGGA